AUGGCCGAGAGCGGACCAAAUGGAUAUAUAAUCCAAGCCGAGAGUGGAGUUACGUGAACAGCCGUCUGAUGGAAAACAACUUUCACGUUCGGUUCAGAGAGCACUUUUUUCGUUGAGAAUAAGUCCUUCCCUUUUGUGUGAAUUCCCCAGCGGCGAAUUAACAACUUGUGGGGCCCUAUCUAUUCAAUCUCUCGAGCCCCAAGAAAACCCCCCUCUCCCUCGGACUCAAUCUCUCUUUUGACUCUAUAUAUGUGGGCACCUGAUAUCUAUGAGGGUUCACCCACCCCGGUGACAGCAUUCCUUUCUAUUGCGCCUAAAAUCUCUAUUUCUGCAAAUAUGUCACGUGUUUCUAUUGUUGCUUCCUAUGGGGGUACAUUACAACAAAUCUUCUUUUUCUGCAGCAUUGCUUCUAUGAUCUUAGGAGCACUGGCCGCCAUGGCCCAAACGAAAGUCAAAAGACCUCUAGCUCAUAGUUCGAUUGGACAUGUAGGUUAUAUUCGUACUGGUUUCUCAUGUGGAACCAUAGAAGGAAUUCAAUCACUACUAAUUGGUAUAUUUAUUUAUGCAUCAAUGACGAUAGAUGCAUUCGCCAUAGUUCCAGCAUUACGGCAAACCCGUGUCAAAUAUAUAGCGGAUUUGGGCGCUCUAGCCAAAACGAAUCCUAUUUCGGCUAUGACCUUCUCCAUUACAAUGUUCUCAUACGCAGGAAUACCCCCGUUAGCCGGCUUUUGUAGCAAAUUCUAUUUGUUCUUCGCCGCUUUGGGUUGUGGGGCUUACUUCCUAGCCCCAGUGGGAGUAGUGACUAGCGUUAUAGGUCGUUUUUAUUAUAUACGCUUAGCGAAAAGAAUGUUUUUUGAUAGACCUAGGACAUGGAUUCUAUAUGAACCAAUGGAUCGUGACAAGUCGUUACUACUAGCAAUGACUUCCUCUUUCAUUACUUCAUCCUUUCCAUAUCCCUCUCCCUUGUUCGAUCUUACUCAUCAAAUGGCACUCAGUUCAUAUCUGUAAGUUCGUUCGAUCAUUGACAAGGUUCAAAGAAAG